AUGGCUGUGGGAUUCGCCCCGCCGUGUGAGAAUGUGAUCCUGGAGUCCCAGCUCCUGUCUCAGCGCUCCCAGUGGGAGGGAGAGCUCUCUGCACUACGACAGCAGGCUCAAGGGCCCAGGCAGGAGGGAGGGACGUCGGACUUGGCCCUCAGCCCCCUGAUUGACACCCCCUUGCCCCGCCCAGUGCAGGAGCAGCUCGCAGCCCUCGUCUCCGACAACAUGGAUCUGAUGGAGCAGGUGGAGGCUGCAGAACAGGAGUGUCGCAGGCUGAGGAGGGAGCUGAGGGACCUGAGAGACACGCUGACACUAAUAAACACUGACCCAAGGUCUGCCACACCCACUGGAAAGGAGGGCUCAGCUGCCCAGCAGAAGGGGGAGCCGUCUCUGGGGCUGCUGGAGUGCAAGAAGAAGGACGAGGCGCAGCUGCUCAGGACGGUGGUCACAGACCUGCGGCCAGACACGGCGCUGUCCCUGCCCCCCGGCCUCCCUGCGUGCCUGCUCUUCCUGUGCAUUCGCCACCUGGACUGGGCUGGGGAAGAGGCCCGAGUGCGCUCGCUGUGCGCUGCUGUGGUGAGCGCCAUCAAGGGGGCGCUGAAGAAACACAGUGCCAACCUGGACAUGACGGCUCUCUGGCUCAGGAACAGCUUCCUGUUGACUGAUCUCCUGACACAGCACAGCACACAGCAGGCCAGCGAGCAGCUUGAUUCAGUGGAGGAAACCCCACGGCUGACCUUCGACCUGAGUGGGACACGCCAGGCCCUGAGCAACCUGUCCAUCCAGGCGUACCAUCAACUGCUCGGCAUCACAGAGAGCCGCCUCCAGCCCCUGAUCGGUGAAGCCUGGCUGUCUGACCACCUGUCUGAUCCUGCCUCAGUCUUUCUGAUCGGCCAUCUCUGUCUGCCAGUUUCUGUGUGACUGUCUCUCUCUGACACGGGCACAGUGUGGGUG